AUGGACAACCAGACUGACUACAGGCACCAGAAUUGGCACCGUCAGUCCGACCAAGAGACUGGCUGUGCUCACAAUCAGACAGAUGGGCGGCCGCAUCAGCAAGAAGACAAAGCCGCAGAGCAGACCGCGGAGACCAUAGGUCCAAAGGCGAUGAAGCUGACGAGUCAGGACGAGUUUGCCAAUCAACCUGCCGGCAGGAGGUCGAGCAUCGAAACGUCGUCGAGCCCGUCGGCAGUCCCGCCAAAGCCCCAUCAGUUGGCUGUACACGAUGACUGUAACAUGGCAGAUGAAAUAUCCGCACGAAUUCAUCAAGCUCGUGAAACGGUUGCCAUGGGCCUUUUGGCUAAACAGAGAAAUGAGACGCUCGAGCUUAGUCUCAUCUCGAACGGGCACAUAACACCGCAGCCAUUCGGGUCUCAUCCUCCAGGUUAUUUGUAA